AUGCCCAAGCCUCCUCUCCGCCGUCUCGACACAACUCGUCUGGACGCAGAUCCCUCUUCGCACGCAUCGAGGUCGACGCAGACAAGCCAGAACAGCGAACCAGGACGCAUCGAGGGUAUGGCAGGAACGAGCGGGACCGGGGAGGACGUGUGCGACUCUCCCGUGUCCAUCGACGCUCAGGGCGACUCCUUCGUCUACCCCUCCGCGACCGAGUUGCGGCGAGGCGGCUCACUCAAGUCGCGCAAGGAGACGAUGGGGAACGGCACCGGCGGUCCAGGGUCGAAUUCAGGCUCUGGUCCGGCUUCAGUCUCCUCGACAGGCCCGUCAAGUUCUCCGAUAAUGGCACAGGCCUCUCUCGUGCGACGGCAAGGCUCGUCAAGCCCCGUAUCAAGCAUCAGCGGCGCGCACGGAUUCAUUGGAGGCGGAUUUGCGGGCAGCGCGGGAUCGAAGGGACGAAGAGGGAGUCUGAGCGUCGCUACUGGGCAGGGGCGACGGUGGUGGAACAGCCGAGCACGAUGCGUCAGGCUCGCCAUCGUUCUCGUUGGUGCUGUCGCGGUGUGGUGGAUCUUCCUGCGGCGGCGGCAGGGUUGGGUGGAGGAGAGACGGAAGCUCGACUAUCGCUGGUGGGAGGUCGACGAGCUGCCAGAAGAGGACCUGUCGGCGCUCCUUCCUCGACCAACUCUGCCUCCUCGCCCUCCGCGACCGAAACCGCCUCCCGCCAACUCGCACACGCUCACUCAGCUUCUCAAGCUUCCCACGACGUCGUCCACUACGUCGAGCUGGACUGCCGUCAUCCACCUCACGUCGUCUUCACAGACUGCAUCGACCUACCUUUCGCCUCUCCUCGCUUCCCUAAACCGACAAUCGUCCUCGCCGCCAUCCCAGAUCCUCAUUCUGGUCGCACAGGGCAUGGAGCCCGCUGCAUCUGCCACCUCUCCUUACCGGAAUAUUCUCUCGACCGUGACCUAUAUCUCGCCGCAACCUCCCAUCCUCGCACUCGCACAAGCGGCUCAGUCGACUAUCGAUUCUGACUAUCUCCUAUUUAUCGACGCGCAUCUGCCUAUCCAGGGUCGGACAGACCCUCUCCCGAAAGACUACGUUAGGACCCUCUUGCAUGCGAGCGGGACGAAGGAGUACGGCUCGUCGCUCCUCACCGCCGGCGGAAUCGCCAUCGCCUCGUACCCCUCAUCCGACACUCGUUGCGUCUACCCUGCAUCGCACACCGAACGCAUCACCGUUGCCUCCCUCCCGUUCCUCCUGCCGACCUCUUGGCUUCUCCCGCGCGACCCUACUCGUCCCGACGCGACCUCCAUCCUGCAAGGCCUCUCCACCUCUCUUCCGAUCGAAGUCGCCCUUUCUGCCGCGCUAUGGACAAAGCAUGCCAUCCCGACCUACGCCAUCCCCUUCCCAUCGUACGCCAGCAGCGAUACUGUCUCCUGCGACCGGCUGAGACGAAACCUCGAUGCCUUCCCGGCUCAGAAACAGCUCUUUGCGGCGCACUACGGCGCCGGCGAGGGUUUGAGACGGAUCCAGGCGAGCGGAGACCGCAAGAAGGGCGGUUUCAGGAGUGGGACGGAGAAGACGUUGCUUGAGCGGGCGGAGGACGAGAGGAGCAGGUUGUUGCAGACUGGCACGGCGGUGUUGCUGCUGAGCGGAGAGGAGGAGCUGGAGGCGGCCAGGAAGAUGGCGUGUCGGUUUGCGACGCGGGCGGGAGAUGCGAGACUUGCGGCGGCGGCGGCAAGCGACCUCGACGACGAAGAAGAGGCGCCACGUCCGCCCAUCCAAGACUUCAAGAUCGUCAUCGCCGACUACGACACCUCGACCUUCUCUCCGUCCGCCUCGUCGAACUCUGACUCGCCCGCUUGUCACCUCGACCUUACUCCCCUCGGUCCGGCACCCUCUUCCACGUCUGCCUCUUCCUCCGAACCAAUCUCGCUCGCCCUCCUCGACAUCCUAGACUCGCUUUCGCCCCCUCCAGGCUUCAUCCUCUACAUGUCUGACGGACCUCGAGCGCGCGAGUUCGAGGAAGUCCUGCGCUGGAUGGGCGGGAGGUUCGGAUCGCGUAAGGGCGGCGAGCGGCUGGGACGGGCAAGGGCGGAGAGGGAGAUGCUCAAGGGCCUCGUCGGCAGCGAGGAAGGUCCAACAGCGGGAAGAGGACGACCGACUGUCGUCGGCAUGUCGAAGGAGGAGGCGAAGCGAGCGGAGUGGAUUGGCGCGCUGGAUCUCGAGGCGUUGAGACACUUCCACACGCCUCGAAUCGACCUGAGCGUCGUCACGAACGACCGGCCCGUCUCGCUUCACCGCCUUCUGGGGUCUCUCCAGGACGCCUACUACUUCGGCGACGAUGUCUCCCUCACUGUCAAUCUCGAGCAGACGGCCGACCGCCUCACCCACCGCCUCGUCGACGACAUGCGGUGGCCGUUCGGGACCUUCUCGCUCCGCCACCGCAUCCUCCUCGGCGGCUUGAUGCCUGCCAUCGUCGAGUCGUGGUACCCGACGUCGAACGACACCUACGGCGUCCUACUCGAAGACGACGUCGAGGUCUCGCCGCUCUUCUACGGUUGGCUCAAGUUCGCCAUUUUGCAGUACCGCUACACCCUCGCCGGUCGUCGUGCCUCGGGGCGCCUCUUCGGCAUCUCGCUCUAUCAGCAGAAGAAUAUUGAGCUUCGUCCCGAAGGACGGCAGCCUUUCGACGCGCACAAACUCUUCGCCGACCUCUCCCUCCACUCGACGACGCCCUAUCUCUCGCAAAUUCCGUGCUCGUGGGGAGCAGCGUACUUCCCCGAGCACUGGCGCGAGUUCCACACCUACCUCUCGCUCCGUCUAUCCGAACUCGCCCUGCCCAUCUCCGAACCUCUCGUGCCCGCCAUCCGGUCGAACAAGUGGCCUCGCAGCUGGAAGAAAUACUUCAUCGAGCUCGUCUACCUUCGCGGCUACUCGAUGCUGUACCCCAACUAUCCCGACUUCGAGUCGCUCUCGACCAAUCAUCUCGAAAAGGGCACGCAUGUCCACACGUCCCGCGUCGACGAGACGAAGAAGGCGACGUUCGAGGUUCCCCUCCUCGACCGCGACGCCUCGCUUGUCGACACUCUUCCAGGCGGACCCGGUCACGAGCGGCUACCAGACUGGGACGCUCUGCCCGUUAUGGACUUGUGGGGUUCGCUCGCAAGCGCGGACGAGCUCCUCGAGCGUGGCUGGCAGACCACUCGCAUGACCGGCUCGUGCCCUGCCGACCGACUACCCGACCUGUCAAAGGGCGGCUCGAAGCCGCGAUACGACGCGCGCGAGCUGCUUUGUCCGAGGAUGUGGGACCGUGAGACGCAGGGACGGCUUGUCGAUGCGCAGCCACUCGCAAGUCGGGCCGAAGUCGACAUCGACCGAGGACGCGUUGUCGCGGCGGCAGCAGGCGACUACGCUGCUGACGGCGCGGCUCGUGUCAGGCGGGCGGAGCUGACGGAGAGCGGUGAAGAGAAGGCCUCUUUCGAAGAGGCGACCCGCCCGGACCGCCUCGCCCGUGGACAUCUCGACCGUGACCACGAGCAUGAUGCGAUACGGGAAGGGGAAGCGGACGACGCGGACGCAGGCUUGCGAGGCGCGCUUUUCGACGAGGUUGAAGACGAGGGGAGUCGGCGGGCGAAGCGACGGAAGGCUAUCGAUUUUGAGGCGCGGGCGGCGCACCAGGCGGAAGUAGAAUUGGGUCUCGAUGAGUCGCAGCAUGAGGAGGAGGCGGAGAAGAAGAAGCGAUGA